AUGUCGUUUCGAGGAGGAGGCACUGGAAAAGUACAAUUACCAUUUGGACUAGAUUAUGCUGAUGUAGUAAAAUCAUCAGAGGGGUCAGAAAAAGCCCAGUAUAUACUUCCAGUGAAUGGAGAACCAUCUGAAAUAGAGACAUUAGCAGCCAAACAAUCAAUACGAUUUACGAAAUUAGUAUCCGACGGACCAUUUUACACGGGGAAACUAGAACCUAAUCUAAUCAAAAACAAGGAUAGGGAACUGGCCCAACAAAAGGAGGUGAAUAAUGUUAAUGAAGAUGGUAUUGAACGAUAUGGUGACAGGUACAAAAAAGUGCAGAAAAUUGGUCGAACUAUUGAAGAGCAUCCCUACCAAGUGCAGUUUUUUCCAGAGGAGUUGUAUCCGGUGAUGGGGAUAUCCAACAAGAAUAAAAAGAAAUACUUAACGUUAUCGAAAUUUGCAUCGAAUGGUGGAUUGCGAGAGUAUUUGAGUGAAGAAAAACAAGAAACUAUCGACGAAGAGGCCAAAGUACAAGCUUUAAAAGAGCAAAUGUUUAAUCAAGCAGGUGUACACGAGGACGAAAAAGAGAUAGGGGAAAAGGAAGAUAUACCCAGUGAAGAAGAAGAUGUGGAUGAUGAAUUUGACGACGAGGAUGAAGACGACGAUUAUAAUGCAGAAAAAUACUUUGAUGACGGAGAUGAUGAAGGAAUGGACGAUGCAGGAGACGACGAGGCUGCAUUUUAG